AUGAUGAAAAAGUUGAAACGACGCCUGUCGGCGGCGUUUCGCGGCAAUUCCAACUCCCAAUUAAAUAUUUCCACGGGUCCAAUCAUCUCACAGCCGUACCGGACGUGGAGCCUCUCGGACAGCAUGAGCCAAUUGGCCGACAGACUGGCCGUUGAGGGGAUCAUUGUGGAGGAAGAGAACGGCGUCCUCCGCCAUCCCAUCGGAGAGACGAGG